AUGUCAAGGUACCCGAUUUUACAGUUUCGGAUCGGAGCCACCCACUAAUGCAAGAACAUAGCGAUCCACCACAGAGGCAGCAAUCCACGGGGCCCCGAAGAGGAUCAGCAGUCCAAACCAAGAGCUCCCGAUCAGACACGAUGGGGGGAGCGAUGGGGCCGCUCCUCCACUGGCUGCAGGAUGUGGCAGCUGUGACUUUCCACAAAGCCCGAAGGACACUAUUUCAGGCCGCCAUCCUCUUCUGCACCCUAUGCCUGCUGCUGUGGGUGUCCAUAUUUCUCUACGGGAGCUUCUACUACUCCUACAUGCCCACUGUGAGCUUCUCCACCCCUGUGCACUUCUACUACACCUCUGAUUGUGAUGCUACAGAGUCAGGUCUGUGCUCCUUCCCCACAGCCAACAUAUCCUUCAUGAAGAAUGACAGGGACCAGGUGAUGGCCAAUGGCCAGCCUUACAGGGUGUCUAUCGAGUUGGAGCUGCCGGAGUCUCCAGUGAACGAACAGCUGGGAAUGUUCAUGAUCAAGAUGUCCUGUUACACCAAAGGCGGGACGACUGUCUCGUCGGUGGGACGAUCAACGAUGCUGCAUUACCGCUCCAGUCUCCUGCAAACCCUGAGCACUUUAUUCUUCUCUCCUCUCCUCCUGACUGGGAUGGUUGAGCAGAAGCAGCUCAUAGAAGUGGAGCUCUAUCCCGAUUACAAGAUGAAUGCCUAUCACCCCACUGUGGGUGCAGUCAUUGAGAUCCAUUCCAGACGGGUUCAGAUCUACUCAGCGCAGCUAAGAAUCCACGCCUACUUCACUGGUAUUCGGUACCUUUUGUACAACUUCCCCCUGACGUCGGCAGUGAUCGGAGUGGCCACCAACUUUGCCUUCCUCAGCGUUAUUGCGCUGUUUGGAUACCUGCAGUUCAUGUGGGGCGGGCUCUGGCCUCCAGACCAGGUCAGAAUCAGGGUCAUGAUGGGAGACAACACCCGGAUCCAAAGGCGGAGGGAGGAGGCUCGGAAGCGCAUGGAAAGGGAAAACUCCCAGAAAGAGCUCAACACUCCUACCGUGAUUGGCUCGAUAAGUGGGGGGUGUGAUUUCCAGGGCGUCGUAUCAGAGUCUUCCCCAGAGAGCCCCUCUGUAAUCCCAGAAGCCUCUGGGGCUGAAGCCACACAAACACAGCAAGAAGAGUCUUGUGAUUCUGAGGGACCUGUGGAAACCGAUGGGUCAAACGAGUUGGAUGGCAGCCUUCAGUCUCAGACUGGGGAGACGGCCGUUCGCCACAGACCUGGACCUUGGAUGAGUCUCUAAACCAUAAAAUAACUGUGACCAAAAAAAAAAAAGCAUGUUUGG